GAGCUGCCCCCGUUGUUCAACAUGGCUACCUUCAGCGAGCAACCGGAUGUAUAUCUGAAAGAGGUGGAGCAAUAUCUGGCGGAUGAUCCUCAAAGCAACAGCACUCGCCUCAAGCAAAUUACGGCACGGUUACAGGCAGACUCUGUCUUAGCAGAACAUACCGCCCAACUGCUGGGAACAGCAGUGGGCAAGCAACACACUUGGCAAGGACCAUAUCGGGAGAAUGGCAUUUUGGAGCAUGUAGUACAAAAUCUCGACUUGUCCACACACCCAUCAGCUUUGGUCAAGCAGUACCUCCGAGUGAUUGGAAACAGCGUCGCGGAUAAUGACACAAAUCGCGCAUUUGUUGUCAAGUAUCUUCCUAGAAUCAUCAACUGUUUAUCGGUGGAAGAGCUGCGAUUCACAGCUCUUGUCGUGAUGUACAAUCUUUUAACCGAGUAUGAACCCGCACACGAUGAAGGAGCACACUUGAGAUUAGACAGUACUCUGUCAGAGUACCUGACCGCAGGCAAUGUAUCGGAAGAGGCCAUCGAUUAUGCCAUGGAUCUGUUGACGUGGACCACGGAAAAGCUCACACCAGAUCAACUGCUUGAUACUACAUCAACCGCAGUGUUCGACAACAUACUCAAACUUGCGUCCCAGUACGAUGACGACAACGUUGAAGAGUACGUGGCGAUAUUAGUUCACUAUCUCCAAGAUCCCAACUUCCAGCAGAAGAUCGCCACACCCAACACAUUUGAGCGUCUGGUCGACUUGAUGUAUGCUUUCGAAAGUCGAUUGACAGUUGAAGAGUCUCAAGGCGUCUUCGAGGAGCUCAAGAAACAAGCCGACCCUAACAAAAUCACUUCAGAAGAGCUGGGCGUGAUACUAAUGGUCCGGUUGAUCAAUUCGAUCUCUGCCAUGUCCGCGUCCGACGCGUUCGCUCGCGGAUUUGGACUGCAAAGCGCAGUCAUCGAGAUGCUGUUGUCCAAAUUGACAUCUCCAGCUGCCACACCUUCAAAAGUGUGCUGCUGUGUAAUACUGGGUAAUCUCGCAACAUCUGACGAAGUGUGCAUCGAGAUAGUGAAGGAUAUGAAACUGCACAUCACCUUGAUCGAGAUACUGUCUUCUGAAUCAGAACAGGCCCUUCUUUACGCCGCCGCUGGCUUCAUCCGUCAUCUCGCGUUCCCAUCAUCCAACAGGCCCGUCUUAGGGGAAGCAGGACUGAUUGAGGCUUGCUGCAAACUCCUCGUUUACAGCGAUCCUUCCAUUCGGGGUGAAGCCGCUGCCAUUUUAUGCAAACUCGUCUCGGACGGAGCUGCUAACAUCGAUAUUGUACUUUUCCGAGAGUUACCUGAUAGCAUAUCACCGACCCCAUUGCCUGCGACUGCUGCCCCUGAGAACCCUAAGAUCUUGUAUCACAUUGUCACACAAGCACUUGCGCCUUCAGCACCGCUACCGAGCACGUCAAUGAAGAACCCCAUGAUCGAAUUGGGACGCACAAUCAUCGCUAUUCUCCGAUAUAUUCGCCAAUCCUCGAAUAGCCAAAUGGGAAAGUACACAGACGCGAUGUUCAAAACUCCUGCCAUUGCACGUCCAGUCGCUAGGCUGGUACGCCAGCGCUUCUAUGCAGAUGCAAAGGCGGAGGGAAUUUUGGGCCUGGGCCUCAUGGCACAAACCCCGGACGGUUCAGCUUGUGUGGUCGAAGAGUUGCGUGCCGACGACGGAUUGCUCGAAUCGAUCAAAGAGAUUGCAACGGAGUCAAGAGGUGGACAGGAGAACAACGCAACAGCAGGGAGGGACUAUCAAAAUGCAGUGGUGCUGUUACACGGACUGGCGAACAAUGGGGUUGAUGUUAUGAGUGCUGCGAUGAAGAGUGACGUGGAAGAGUUACAAACAGAACUCGGUAAGCUCAUGGUUCAAUAA